AUGGCCGACUCGAAAAAGGGCGGCGCGUACGGCGCGCCCGCGGGCGACACCGACUUCCGCAAGACAUGGGACCUGGACGAGUACGCGGCCAAGGCCAAGGAGCGUGAGGCACGCGAGAAGGAGGAGGCCAAGGCGCGGUACGAGGCGAAGCUCGCGGGCAAGAAAUACCACAAGCCCCUGACGGGCGACGAGACGUACACGACGGCGCGACGCAAUGUCAUCGACCUGACGGCGCAGGUCGGCAAGACGCAGCUGGUGCCCGCCGGCGCGGGCGUCGGCAAGCGCUGGCGCAGCGCGGGAUUCUACUGCGAGGCGUGCGACCUGACGUUCAAGGACAACCUGCAGUUCGUGGAGCAUCUGAACACGAUGCAGCACCUGCUCAACACGGGCCAGACGGCCGAGGUCAAGCGCGCGUCGGCGGCCGAGGUGCACGAACGCAUCGCCUUUUACAUCCGGCGCAAGCACGACCUCGAGAAGGAAAAGGCCACGAGCCUGCAGGACCGUCUACAACUGCGCGAAGAGGAGAUGGAGAAGGAGGCCGAGGAGAGGCGGCAGAAGCGGCGGGCCGAGGCGGAGAAGAAGCGCCUGCAGCGCGAGGAGGAAGCCAAGGUCAAGGUCGAGUACGGCGACGACGUCAGGGUCGAGGGCGAGCACGACGAGGACGACAUGAUGGCCCAGAUGGGAUUUACGGGAUUUGGAACGUCCAAGAAAAGAUGA